AUGCCUCUCACCACACACUUCACACUGAACACCGGUGCAAAGAUCCCCGCGGUGGGAUUCGGCACCUGGCAGGCCGGGCCGCACGAGGUUGAACGCGCUGUUGAGACCGCCCUGCGCUCCGGCUACCGCCACAUUGACUGCGCCGCCAUCUACCGCAACGAGGCGGAAGUUGGCGAGGGCCUUCGCAAGAGCGGCGUGCCGCGAUCCGAGAUCUUCAUCACCGGGAAGCUGUGGAACACCAAGCACGCGCCCGAAGACGUCGAGUCUGGUGUUGACAAGACGCUCCAGGAUUUGGGCACGGAUUACCUGGAUCUGUUCCUCAUGCACUGGCCAGUAGCGUUUAAGCCGUCAGACAAGUGGUUUCCCAUUGACUCAAAUGGUGUCUUUGAGCUGGCUGAUAUCGACCCCGCGGAGACGUGGGCUGCCAUGGAGAAGCUGGUCGCGAAGGGCAAGGUGCGCGCCAUUGGCAUCUCCAACUUUACCAAGCAGCGUAUCGAGGACCUCCUCACCAAGACCAAGACGGUGCCGGCCGUCAACCAGGUCGAGGCACACCCCUACCUGCAGCAGCCUGGCCUCUUGGACUUCUGCAAGUCCAAGGGUAUCCAGCUGGCGGCUUACUCCCCUCUCGGAAACAACCAGACCGGGGAGCCAAGAACGGUGGACGAUCCGUUGGUCGGUGAGCUUAGCAAGAAGCUCGGCAUCGACGGUGGCCAGCUUCUCGCUUCCUGGGGUGUCCAGCGCGGUACGGUUGUCCUGCCAAAGAGUGUCACUCCCAGCCGAAUAGAGUCCAACUUCAAAGUCCAGGAGUUGCCGGCAGACGUCUUUGACCAGCUGAACGGCCUCGAAAGAAACAAGAGGUUCAAUUGGCAGACGAGAUGGGGCUUUGACAUUUUCCAGGAAUUAGGAGAGGAGGAAGUCAAGCGUGUCGCGCAAGAGACGGGCCCUGAAAACCUCAAAAAGUUUACUAUUUAG